CACCUUUCUUCCCCACCUCUACUCCUGCCGGAACCCGUGAUCCCGGCGCGAGCACCUCACGCGCACUUCACCUCAUCUUCCCGGAUCCAACCUCGUCGCACUCGCCGGAGUCCCGGAGCUACGACCAACCAGGCCGUGCCCGAUUCGCCGACCGCGUCGGUGGCCAGGCCCAGAUCUGCAAGAUCGCCACCGACCACGCCCCGCCUCCUCCGAGGUACGGUGGCCAAGCCGUACCCCUCAGAUCCGCUCUUCUCCGACGCGCCUCUGCUGAUCGGCUGAAACGGUGCGGCGGCUCUACUGAUGUUCCCGGGAUCCCUCGGGCUCGGACGCCGCGGCUACUGAGCGGCAUCUAGUUGGUGGCGGCGACUCGGGCGAGAUGCAGCGGAACGGGGUCAUGGAAUGCACGGCGUGCCGGUCCCGGCUGGUGGUGCCGAGCCCGCGGAGCGUGUCCAGGGCCUACGACAAGCACCACAACAAGAUAACCUCCAAGUUCCGCGCGCUCAAAUUCCUCCUCGUCGUCGGCGACUGCAUGCUUGUCGGCCUCCAGCCCAUCCUAGUCUUCAUGUCAAAAGUCGAUGGGAAGUUCCAGUUCAGCCCCAUCAGUGUUAACUUUUUGACGGAGGUUGCAAAAGUUAUCUUUGCCCUGGUGAUGCUAAUUAUUCAGUCUCGGAAACAGAAGGUUGGGGAAAAACCACUUCUGUCACGUUCAACCUUUAUACAGGCAGCCCGUAAUAACGUACUCCUAGCUGUCCCUGCACUUCUAUAUGCCAUCAACAAUUACCUUAAAUUUAUUAUGCAGUUGUACUUCAAUCCUUCAACUGUGAAAAUGCUAAGCAACCUAAAGGUACUGGUCAUAGCUGUUCUUCUGAAAUUUAUAAUGAAAAGGAGGUUCUCUGUAAUUCAGUGGGAAGCUCUUGCACUAUUGCUUAUUGGGAUCAGCAUCAAUCAACUUCGGACCUCACCCGCGGGCAGUACAGCAUUUGGUCUUCCUAUCACUGCUAUCGCAUACAUCUAUACAGUGAUUUUUGUAACUGUUCCAUCACUGGCUUCUGUCUACAAUGAGUAUGCCAUGAAAAGCCAAGAUACCAGUAUUUAUCUUCAGAAUUUAUUUCUGUAUGGAUAUGGUGCGAUAUUCAAUUUCCUUGGCAUCCUUGGGACGGCUUUAUUCCAAGGGCCAGAGAAUUUUAAUAUCCUGCAAGGGCAUUCAAGGGCUACAAUGUUUCUCAUAUGUAACAAUGCUGCACAAGGCAUUCUUUCUUCAUUCUUCUUUAAGUAUGCAGACACAAUUUUGAAGAAGUAUUCGUCAACUGUUGCUACCAUUUUUACUGGCCUAGCUUCUGCUGUUUUUCUGGGACAUACCUUGACCAUUAACUUUCUCCUGGGCAUAUCAGUAGUAUUUAUUUCAAUGCAUCAGUUCUUCUCACCACUAGCUAAAGUCAAAGACGAUAAACCAGGUGAACCAUUGGAGUUGGAAGUUACACAGAAUCAUCGGUCAUCUGAAUCUUCAUUUGUAAAUAUGACUGCUGGUGCUGCCGAUGAUGCUAGCCAUCGGGUUGGAACUGAUGAGAGGCAACCACUAUUGCCAAUCUGAACGUAUACUUUUAAGGUAGGAUAGAAGACAUUCUAUUUUUUGCGGUGUCACCAAUGGCCGGUCGGACAGCAGAUUUUGUGUAGUGCUGUGAGUGAAAUAAACUAUUGUACACUGUAAAGGCAAAGAAAGAAGUUACGAACGUGUUUUCCCUUUCCAUUUCAUGAUUCUUUGGAGGGGCGCAUGGCCAGGUGUGGCCUUGUGGGGGGUGGCAGUGGCAUAACGACUUUGGAUAGACAAAUAUAAAUACCACAGCAAGUCCCCAGUACGAUACACAUAGAAAUCCUUUCUUUUUGUUCUUCCGAACUCUACACUCAGAAGUAUUAGUGAGAUAUUCUUUUGUAUCGAAAUUUUGAGCUAAGUUACUGAUCAUUAUAGAAAAUUAUUUAACUUUGUUUUGCUUACGUUUCA